GGUCGGGAGGAAGCUGAGGAGGGUUGGGGGGGGUCUCUGUGUCUUAUCUACCUGGAAGUUGAGUUGGCAUCUCCAUGGGCAGAAAGAGGCUGUGAAGGUGGCCGGAAACUCCAGCACGCACACUUUAGGCUGUAAAUCAACUUGUCUCUUGAGGCAGCCUCCUGCGGGCAAGAGUUCUGCUCUGAACCUCUAAGCACAUGAGCUUGCCCUGUAGGAAGUGUCUGGUGAACAGGAGGUGAAAGGCUAUCAUUGCAUUUCUAAAGAAAUAAGAAGUGAGGAAGGAGGAAGGAGAAGAGAAGAGAGAGUAAAACAUAAGUGAACUAUCAUUUAGGAGAAUGGGAGUCGUUGCUUACACAUUUCGCAAAUCGAUGUCCUGUAACUCCACAUUAUCAGAGCUUUAAUCAACUUACUUGCAGGUGUCACUCAUGGUGGCUUUCUUCCUUGUGUGUUUUCUAAGUUUUCACUGUGAGCUCAUUUACUGGAACUUUUUCCCUCUGGUGACCUAGGGCCCGCGCAUCCCAGCAAAGUGGUUAAAGAAUGAUGCUUUGCUUCUGCCAACUAACUACAGAUAGAACUCACUAGGGAUAGAACUCACUAGGGCUAGAACUCACUAGAGCUGGAACUCACUAGGGCUAGAACUCAUGAGAGCUAGAACUCGCUAGGGCUAGGACUUGCUAGGGCUAGAACUCACAAGAGGUAGAUCUCACUAGAGGACCUGGAACUCGCUAGAGCUGGAACACGCUAGAGUUAGAACUCCCUAGAGCUAGAAUUCGCUAGGGCUGGAAUUUGCUAGAUCUAGAACUCGCUAGGGCUAGAACUCACUAGGGCUAGAACUCACAAGGGCUAGAACUCACAAGAGCUAGAACUCAAAAGAACUAAAACUCACUAGAGGAUCUGGAACUCGCUAGAGCUGGAACACGCUAGAGUUAGAACUUUCUCACUAGAGCUAAAAUUUAAUAGAACUAUAACUCACUAGGGCUAUAACUCACUAGGGAUAGAACUCGCGAGAGCUAGAACUCACUAGAGCUAGAAGUCAUGAGAGCUAGAACUCACUAGAGCUAGAACUUGCUAGAGUUAGAACUCGCUAGAGUUAGAACCAAGGGCUAGAACUCACUAGGGCUAGAACUUACUAGAGUUAGAACUCACUAGGGCUAGAACUCACUAGGGCUAGAACUCACGAGAGCUAGAACUCGCUAGAGCUAGAACUCGCUAGAGUUAGAACUCACUACGGCUAGAACUCACUACGGCUAGCACUCACGAGAGCUAGAACUCGCUAGAGUUAGAACUCGAGAGCUAGAACUCACAAGAGCUAGAACUUACUAGGGCUAGAACUCGCUAGAGCUAGAACUCACUAGGGCUGGAACUCAUUAGGGCUAGAACUCACUAGGGUUAGAACUCACUAGAGUUAGAACUCACUAGAGCUAGAACUCACUAGGACUAGAACUCACUAGGGUUAGAACUCACUAGAGCUAGAACUCACAAAAGCUAGAACUUACUAGGGCUAGAACUCCUGAGGGCCAGAACUCGCUAGAGCUAACACUCACUAGAGCUACAACUCGCUAGAGCUAGAACUCUCUAGGGCUAGAACUCACUAGAGUUAGAACUCACUAGGGCUAGAACUUACUAAGGAUAGAACUCACUAAGACUGGACCUCACUAGAGUUAGAACUCACUAGGACUAGAGCUCAAUAGAGUUAGAACUCACUAUGGCUAGAACUCACUAGAGCUAGAACUCACUAGAGCUGGAACUCACUAGAGUUGGAACUCGCUAGGGCUAGAACUCACUAGGGUUAGAACUCACUUGAGCUAGAACUCACUAAGGUUAGAACUCACUAGAGCUAGAACUCACUAGGACUAGAGCUCAAUAGAGUUAGAACUCACUAGGACUAGAGCUCAAUAGAGUUAGAACUCACUAGGACUAGAGCUCAAUAGAGUUAGAACUCACUAGGACUAGAGCUCAAUAGAGCUAGAACUCGCUAGGACUAGAGCUCAAUAGAGUUAGAACUCACUAGGACUAGAGCUCAAUAGAGUUAGAACUCACUAGGGCUAGAACUCACUAGAGCUGGAACUCACUAGAGUUAGAACUCACUUGAGCUAGAACUCACUAGGGUUAGAACUCACUAGAGCUAGAACUCAAGAAAGCUAGCACUUACUAGGGCUAGAACUCCUGAGGGCUAGAACUCACUAGAGCUAGAACUUGCUAGAGCUAGAACUCACUAGAGCUAGAACUUGCUAGAGCUAGAACUCACUAGAGCUAGGACUCACUAGAGCUAGAACUUGCUGGAGCUAGAACUCACUAGGGCUAGAACUCACUAGAGCUAGAACUUGCUAGAGCUAGGACUCACUAGGGCUAGAACUCACUAGAGUUGGAACUCACUAGGGCUAUAACUCACUAGGGUUAGAACUCACUUGAGCUAGAACUCACUAAGGUUAGAACUCACUAGAGCUAGAACUCACUAAGGUUAGAACUCACUAGAGCUAGAACUUACUAGAGCUAGAACUCACUAGAGCUAGGACUCACUAGAGUUAGAGCUCACUAAGGCUAGAACUCAGUAGGGCUGGAACUUACUAGAGUUGGAACUCACUAGAGCUGGACCUCACGAGAGCUAGAACUCACUAGAGCUAGAACUCACUAAGGUUAGAACUCACUAGGGUUAGAACUCACUAGGGCUGGAACUCACUAGGGUUAGAACUCACUAGAGCUAGAACUCACUAGAGCUAGAACUCACUCGGGCUAAAACUAAGUUCCUAGAUCACCUUCAAGUUCCAGAUGCAUGAGACGCUCAGGCUUUGUUUCAAGGUGACUUUCCGUUUCUUCCCAGAGUCCAGAGGGACAGACAAGCUGCCUUUCACCCUUUCUGGCCACUUUCCCCGAGGGGCAUCCUUUGGAGGGUCUCGACUUUCCAGCCUUUCCUCCUGCCCCUGUGGGUGUCACACCCUCCUGGACUGUGCUGAGGUCUCCUCACGCACUCACCUGCAUGUGUCCGCGGCUGUUCCCAGGUGUUUGUGGGGAGAGCUGUCAGGUGCUGGGAGCCGAAGUGUGCCUUUUGUUUCAGUAAGCUUGCCAAAUCUCCGGAGCACGGUGCUUUCAAAGCUGCGUGGCAGCCUCAGGGUGUUGCUCCUGGAGCCCGUGGAGAGCACACCGUCCACAUCGCAGGGGCGAGAACAGCACGGCCCACGCUUUUGGCUUGCAGCCUCCCUGGGCCUCUGGGGGCACAUCCCGUGGCUGGUGCCAGCAGCUGGGAACUCGCCCUCUUGCCCACCUGUGUGGCUGUAGGCUUCAGGGUAGGGUGUCGGCUGCUGCGCUCUGUCCCGAGUGCUGAGCUGUGAACCUGUCCACCCCUUUAGCUCUUAGGAUUCCACCUGCGGAAUGACCUGCAAGCAUUCAUUGUGGUUUGCAGCAAAUAGCUGAAUGGCUUGCGGGCAUCCACAGAGGAUGGCGCCGCCGAGACUGCCCGCAGCAGCAAGGGCCGACUUGCUUUAGAAUCUUCCGGAAGCCAGAGACCAAAACAGACACUUUGCUUCUCUUUGUCCACCUCUUACCCGUUUCCCAAAUCUCCUGCGGGUCAGGGAUAGAAAAGUACCUAAAAGGCAUUUUUCAUUUUGGGCUUUGGUUCUUGCCUUUCAGUUUCUUUCGCCUGCUGAGGGCAGGUCAGGCCCAUGUCCCGAGAGCGCCACAGGUGAAGUGACUUGUGAACCUGUGGCUCGGGCUGCGGUCGCCUCCCAGGCCAGCGGCCCUCUGUCUGCCUGGAGAACAGGCCCUCUGUCUUUAUGGGAUAAUUAGUGCAGACAAUGGCCACCGCCCCUGGGGGCCUGGGGUGCAGCGGACCAGAACGGAAUCUCCUCAGCGGCAUGAAAAGUCAGGGAGGCGGAUGGUGGCUGAAUGGCCACAGUUACCUUCUGAAUGGAUUAGAUUUUGCAAACCUCUCUGCGGUGGGGAGGCCUUGCCAGGAGACUCUGAGUGCAAGACAAAGUGACAGUGUGGUUUUGUGUCUCCACAGCUCCAGGAGGAAGCCUGGCGGGGGUUUGCUGCCCUGGACGACCCCCUGGCGGGGCUUCUGGACAUGCUGGAGAGCUGCCGGGGCCGGCGGGGAGAGGGCCCCUCCCUGGAGGCCUGGAUCUCCCGCCAGCUGCAGUGCUGGCUACAGGCACAGCCAUGCCCGAGCCCUGCCCAGCCUGAGGCUGAAGCAGCUGCAGGCCCGAGCAAUCCGAGUCCUCACUGAGAGCCCCCCCAGCCUUGUGGCACCGCUGACCAGCAUCUUCCAGCUGCAGGAUGCAGACAGGAGCUGCCUGCUGGUGCACGUCCACCGCCUCCACCAGGAGGGCAGGUUCAGAGAAGCAGUCAUGCUGGGCACGACGUUGAAGCUGCAGCCAGAACUUGAUGUUGAAAAGAUGAGCGUCCCACUGCUCCUCCAGGACAAGGUGGCCCUCGUGGAGCGCUACGUGGCUGGCUUCCCCGACCUCCAGAGGAGGCUGCUGGCCCUCAUGGAUUCCUGGUGCCAGCCCGGCUUUGACAUCAAGGACGUUGCCAGCUACCAUGUGACUGCAGCCGGAGCAGCUGCCUCUGGAGAGGAGAGGCUGGGGCUGGCAGCAGCACAGCCCUCUUCUCCCAAGUGAAAAGAGUUAACUGCUCUUAGAAGAACAAAAAUAAUUCUCCACAGUGGCUCUUCUUAUACAGACACGGCCACCAUACUGCUUAUUUGUUCAUUCAUUCCUUUGUUCUUUCAUCUAAUAAAGUUUUUGGAAGCA